UAGCUGAACAUUUAUUCCUCGAUUAAACAAUUUUCGGUCACAAGUUUUUUUUUGAAAUAUAAUCCCUUGUAAACAGAUUAAUUGAUCAGUAUUGCUGAAACAUUAACUUCCAAACCAUCAACUUGUUUGUUCCUUUCAUAGAUGCUCCACAUUUUUCUUUGUUUUCCAUUUGGAACACUCAUCUUUUAUCUCUUGGCUGUUUGCGGUAUCUUGCUCUGUUAUUGCCUUGAAAACACGGCAGUGCACUUCCAGAAAGUACUCAGUGAUUAGUGUUUAGGGGUGUCCCGAGAACAGGAAAGAUGCCGUUUAAACGAACUUUAUUUAAUGAAAUACGAGAGAUGGGGAUUUAAAACAGAAAGUGGGCAGAAAUUUAAGAAAAAUAAAAGUAGAUGACAUCUAAAAUUUGGAAAGUAAUGAAAAUGAGCCAUGGAGGGUAAAAGUGCAAGAUUUUGGAACUGUAAGAGAGUGGGAUUUAUGAUGAUGUUCUCCAUGUUCCCGGUUGCAAACUGAACUAUUUCUCCAGCGUGAGCCCAGCCACAGGUCAGAGGUUGUUCACUGCCUUUUCCUUCCGGAGUUAUUGUUCUCGGCGAUGGCGGCGGGAGCUGAACGAUUUUGAUCGCUCGCCAUGGACGAGGCGAGUCUGGAGGCGGCCAUCGAAGUGUACAAGGCCCAGCUGCAGCAGGUGGAGGCGGCGCUGGGAGCCGGGGCCCAAGCUGAGGCUGAAGCCGAGGCCGAGGCCCAGGCCCAGGCCGAUCUGCUGCAGCUCCAGGCCGACCUACAGCAGCUGGUCGCCCUGACCGAGUCCAGCCUCUUGUCGGUCCGCAAGAGCCUGCUCCUGGAGCAGCUGCAGCGAGGCGCCUCGUCGCCGGAGCCCGAGGACCAGUCAGGGCUCGACGUCGAAUACGCCGCUUUCCAGGCGGCUCUGAGCGAGGCCGAGCGGAGCCGGGAGCAGGAGCCGGGGAGCGGCGAUGAGGCUGAGACUAAGGCUGGGGAUAUCAGCGGCACCAAGGUGCGGGCUCCGUACCGCCCGGCCUGGGGCCCGCUGCAGUAUCACAACGCCAUGGUGGUGGGUGUGGAGGCUGACCAGCCAUCCGAACCCACAGUCCGUGUCCUGUGGAUCCACCCGACCCAGAGAGCCAUGAAACCCUGCCCCUUCUACCUGAGUGGGAGCUGCCGCUUCCUGGACUCCUGCAGAUAUUCACAUGGAGAAGUGGUAGCUGUGUCUGAACUGCGUGAAUUUGAAGAACUGGACCUAAGUUCACUUGAGGUGGGAUCAUCCUGUUUAGCGAAAUACGAAGAUGAAAUUUGGUACCCAGCUAAAAUCCUAGAUAUUGACAAUGGUUAUUUUACAGUAAAAUUUGAUUCCUUGCUUCAAAAGGAAAUUGUAGUGGAGGGAGAUGGGAUCAUGCCACUAGCUCAGGCUGAUGAGUCUUCCUCAUCUUCCAGCUCUGAGGAUGAAGGAGAGCUUGGUUAUGCAAAAGAUUUCACAGUUUUGGAUGAAAAAUCCGUGUCAAUGGAAAAUUGGACUCCAACUUGCAGCUCUUCAUUUGCUGGCUGGGAGGCUCAUACUCGGGGAAUAGGAUCUAAAUUAAUGGUUAAACUGGGUUAUGAAUUUGGAAAAGGGUUGGGGAAGAAUGCUGAUGGUCGAGUGGAGCCUGUACAAGCAGUGGUUUUACCACCAGGAAAAUCCUUGGAUCAAUGUGCUGAAAUCCUACAAAAAAAGCGGGAAGGAAAACUUAGCCAUCUGCACAAAAAGAAGCACAAGAGGAAAAGCGAAGGAGGCCCACGCAUUGCUAAAGAAAGAAAACCUCGUCAGACUGUAUUUGACUUUUUGAAUGAUAAACUUCAAAGUACUGGACAGACUAGCAGUUCCCUGGUUCCAACUGGAUUCCCCAUGAGAGAGAAAAAUAGCAAAGAACGUUAUAAGGGGACUAAAAGCUCGAAGAAAGCUCUAAAUAUCCAUCUUUUUCAAAUAACAGAGAAGAUUGAACAUACGGAAAAGGACAUUGCAAAAAUUAUGGAGGCGCUUGCAAGAAAUGUUGGAAGAGACAAAGCAGUAACCUCCCAUCUGGAAGAGAAGUUAUCUAAUGCAAAGAAGCAAUUGUCCUCUCUAAAAUCUCAAGAAUCAGGGGCGCAGCAAGAACAAAGGAAAGCAGACACACACAAGAAGAUGACCAAAUUCUGAUUUAGUUAUUGAUAGUUAUUUGGUAUAUUUCAAAGGCUGGACAGUGUGUGCAGCAUUUUUUUCUGUAAGAUGUAUCUGUUUUAAUUAAUGUAAAGUGGUUCUUGUGGUUUGUAUUAUUUUGUAUUUGUCAUUUUGAAUAGUCUUAGCUAAUUGCGAAACAAUGAUAGAAUUGUUUGUGUUGUUAGAUAAGGUUGCAGCACCACCUGAUCACAAUUGCUUUGGUAUCUCUUUAAAAGCUGAAUAUUGUUUAAGUGGAUAUUGUAAAUUGUAUACCAUUGACAAUAUAAUAUUGCUGCCUUCAAUUCCUUUUCUCCUGUACUUAAAGCAACCAUCUGUUGUACUUAAGCCAGAUUUGAAUUGUUCUGAUAUUAUUUGGAAAAUGACAGCUUCCAAACAAAACUUUCCUUUUUGAAGUAGGAGUAUUUCUGCUGCCAUGUGUCAAUAUCUUUGAAAAUUCACUUGCAAUGAUGUGCCAGAUACCAUGUUAAUCGAAAACAUAAUCUGAGGUGUUAGGCACUGCCUCAUUCCCAAUUGGACAUGUAAUAUAUUGUACUGGAAAUUUAUAGCUGUUUGAUAUUAUAAAACAGAUAAUAUUUAAUUUCGACUUUGUUUGUUUGAUAAAAUGCUCAAUAAGAACAUGGAAGGAUUAUCCACAAACAAUAGAGUGAGACUCAAAAUUAAAACAGUCAGGGUGAGACACGAGGGAUGUUGCAGAAGUAGAGUAAGACAAAGUCAUGGUUAAUUUUGAAAACAAUGAGGUGUGUGGGAUAUGGAGUUAUCAGAUCAGCUAUAAUUUAUUUGAUGGCAGAACAGACUGAAAGGCCUGAGUGGUCUACUCCUUUUAAUUUGCAUGUUGAAACUAUUUUUGAGGAACUAAAAUGGAGGUGUGCAUGUACAGGCAGUAGAUGAUUAGGAUAUGAGUGGACCAUUGCAUUUUUUUAAUGUGAGGAGGAAAUUGAUGAGUACGUUUGAGAAAUCUGGAGGCAGCAAUGAUAUAAAUGAAUAAACACUUUUUAGUGCCUCAAGAUGUUCCCACUGCACAUGAUUUGGUGUUUUAGAGAUCGACAGACUUUAAGGACUAGAUGGAAAAUGAAUUCAGGAACCUUUAUGAUAUUUAGUCAACCAUGGCAAAUGUCAAUGAAAUUAAAAGCUAUAAAAUUGAAAAAAGACGCCUUUUAAUUGGACACUACAUUUCCAUACUUUGUGUCAUCUGUAAACUUUUAAAUCAUGACUUUUCCAAGUCAUUAAUUAUUUUCCAUUAGUUUUGCUUUCUGUCUGAACCAAUUUCAUAUUCAAGAUACCCAUUACCUUUAAUCGUAAGUACUUCAAUUUUGCCAACCAGUCCCUUACAUUGCAUUUAGGAAAUCCAACACCAUGCCAGUGAACAAAAAGAAAAAUAACUUCUCGUGCAAAUCUGAACUAACAGCAGAAAAUGUUUGACAUGUAUAGCAAGUCUAUUAGCAUCUAUCCAAUAAAAUCCUUUAGUGAAGUUGCUAACCAUU